CAACGUAUUUCAAACAUGAUCCAACGUUGUUUACAAAUGUUCCUAGGCAACGGCAGAGGAGCUCUUUCCAACAGUAGCACCGACCUAGCACCAGGAUGGCCAACGUGCGGAUAUCGGAGCGGCUACCGUGGCUCCUCAACUCCCACCUCGCCCCCGUCGCCUACGGGAGCUGGGCUCUCCCGAAGCUGGUCCUGGAGCUCCAGCAGCCGGACACACUGACCCGACAGCGGGCUCUAGCGGCGCUCUGCGACCUCGCACACGACCCUGAAAAGGCCUAUCUAGCGAUUCAAAACGGUUGCCUGGAGCAGUUGAAGCUGUUGCUGAGAGACAACGAGCCUUCGAUCCGGACGCGAACCUCGGAGCUUCUCUUUCUUCUGGUCGCCCACAGUGUCGGCAGAGAGGCCUUCCUGUGCCAUGAUGUUCUCUCUCCUCUGGCUGAGCUGAUAGAUGAGUCGCAUCAUGCCUGUAAACUCAACGUCCACCGGACCCUGAACCGACUGGCCAACUUUCCCUCAGCUGCAUUGUCAAUGGUGUCUAUGGACCUGGUUCCACGCCUGGUGGCAAAUGUCAACGAGGAGGAAGACGAGGUCAUACAGACCCUUCUCCUCUAUACCAUCAGUCUGUGUUUGAGGGUGGAUCCCCGGCCCGCCCUAGCCUGUAAUGGGGUGUCUGUCCUGGGCAAGCAGCUCUCCACGCCCUCCCUGGGAAUCCGUAGAGCUGCGUUGAACGCUCUUCUGGCCAUCAGUGUACCUCUGGAGGGGAAGGAGAGGGUGUGUGAUGGGGGCCUCCUACCGUUACUGGUAAAGCUGCUGUCGGACUCGGACCCCGAGGUCCAGGCCAACGCUGCUGGUACCAUAAUGAACACUGUCAUCAUUACUAAAGGUAAGCUCCAAGCUCUGUCGGCAGGGGCCCUCCCUGGACUCCUGCUCCUGGUGUCCAGCGAGGAGCGGGCGGUGUGCCUCAACGCCCUGAAGGCCCUCACGGCACUGGCCGAGGCCCCUAGCGGCCGGCGCCAUCUGUUGGAACACGUCCCGGUGCUGAGCAGCCGGACGGGGGCCCACGAGGAUCAGGCGGUCUGGCGGGCUGCACAGUGCGCCCUCCAGGUGGUCACCUGGACGCCCUGACGACCCGCUCUCAGUCCAUUCAGUCUCAGCUUUAUUAGACUGAUUGGCACCAAAGAGGAGAAAUAAAUGCAGGCCAAAAGCUUGCAAAAAAAACAACAAUAUAAUAAUGGGCUAAUAAUAAUAACGAAUAAAAAAAUUCUGUCUCACU